UAUAAAUAAGCACAUCGCCCGCCCGUCCUCCACCAAUCGAUCCCCUCCGCUCCACCCAACAAUUGGGCUUCCAGCCCCAAUCCGAACCAAAUCCUUCUUCAUCCAUGGAAGCUCCCCCAGCCCCAGCCGCAACCGACUCCAUCUCCGAUGCUCUCAAGAAAAUAGAGGAAUUCGACCCUUCCACGGCCACCGACCAGGACAUUCUGGACUAUCACCAGGAAUUUCUCGUUACCUACAAGGGGAUGGCGGCGGUAAACGCCGGCCUCGCCCAGCUGGACCCAUGGGAUCUCCAGCUCCCCCAGUGCUACGUCAUGACUAAACAGGAGGGCUGUUGUAGCCGGCAGCAGACACAGUUGGGGUACUGGAAGGAUUGUGGGCGUAUCGCGAUCCGUCCCAACGCGUUGUCGCCGGAGUACACCGGGCAUAGGAUGACCUACGAGUUCCACAUGGAGGACGGCACCAAGACGAACUGGCUCAUGUAUGAGUACAGCCUGCUCGAGAAGGACAAGUGCCGCCGUCGAUUCGUACUCCAGGACGACCAGGUGGUUCGCAAGGUAUUCCACAAAUACGGAGAUGGAGUGGCGCGCUCUUUGAAGAAACUGUACGGAGUCUUGAAUAAUUCGGACGAAGAAGAAGAGUACAAGUACAACAACGGUGAGCCUGACGACGAUAGGCUGCACCGGUGCAUUGCCUCGUUCAGGGACUGCUUGCUAAACCAUGUGCCGAGCAACCAAAAACGGCCGGGGAAACGCCGAAGAUCUACAGCUACCGAUGGAAAAUUGGACGUCUGGCAGCACUUGACCAAGAUUUACACUACAGAUCCUGAUGUGGUGUUUGCAGUGUGCCACUACUGUGACAAGUUGUUCAAGGCUCAUUCCAAGAACGGCACUACUCACCUCAGAAGGCACAGUAAGAAGUGCUCAUGCAAGCACCAGCAGCAGAGUUCGAGCUAGAGUUUUUUUUUUUCCUCACGCUGAGCUUGUUUCGAAAGGAGGGAUCGGACAGGCUGUUAGCCUGGUGGCAAAACCCACAUGUGUGUGGUAAGCCGAGGGUUUAAAGAAAGCUCCCGGUAAAAGGGGUUCGGUUAUAAAACAAUAAA